AUGCUGAUACACGACGUCGGUUCGGUGUACGAGGUCCGGCGCAUUCUCCACGACCUGCUCGAGGACACUCGGCGCUACCAUCACCACUGGGCCGCCUCCCAAGUGCCUAGCCUCAGUGCUAAUGGCCCCGUCAACGAGUUCUUCCACCAGUGGCAGUCGACUCGCUACAACCAGCGCCAUUUGGCCCGCCAGCUCGCCCAGAUCGACGAGAUGGUCCGCGAUGGCAGCAGCGAUGGCGCUGACAGCACCGCCACGUCUCCGGAGUCGUCGCAGCGGUCAGGACCCCGCACCGCAUUCACCUAG